CCGAGUUAUUUUGGUUCAGUGUCACAGCGCUCUUCCCCUCAUUUGCCUGGCGUCAAAGCGUGUGUACUAGCAGACAGCACACCCACCGGCUGCAGACACUUCUUCUCCUCGCUCACAACAUUUUCAUGACUGCAGAGACAUUUAGGCGCGUGUGGACUUCAGAAAUAGACAGACACAUUUUUGCUUUUGCAUGUCACCAUGCGCUGGUUGCUGGCUGGAUGCUGUGGGCUUGCCUUGAUCAGUCUCUCAGCGGCCCUGCAGGUCAUCCAGAAGCCCCGGUUCUAUGGUGUAAAACCUGGCCGCAUUUUGUCAAUGUACUGUUCCUCAGAGUCAGGAAAGCCAGACACUUUUCAAUGGUACAAGGCCGAUAUGUAUGAUCAGAAACCUGAAGAGCGAGUAGAGGUAACAGGAAAAAGGUUUGAAUAUUCCAACAAGGGUGUGCACCAAAACGCCUUUCUCUACAUCCGCAACACGCACAGAGAGGACAGCGGAGUGUACUUCUGCAAGAUGAACAAUGCUACAUGGGGCCCUGGAACUGAAGUUAGAGUCGUCAGACGCACUGACAUUACCAAGGCCCUGCACUUCAGCAGGAUGAAGGAUGGUCUCAUUAUCUUCCAGGGCCUGCUGUUGGCUGUGUCUAUUGCUGCUAUGCUGCUCCGCAAACAUACACAGAGUGAAAAGAGCGAUAGUAUAUACGAGGAGCCUGAAACUGAUCACAUCUACGAGGGCUUGGCGAUUGAGACAUGUGGCGGAGGUCUGUAUGAGGAACUCUCUAUCUACGCCCAGGCCGAGGGAGCUGAGGCCCCAUGGGAGUGAGGCCGACUUUACCGGACUACCUUUCAUUUCACCGCCUCAGCAGUUUUUACAAAAAAACAAAAGGACUGAUUACACGUUCUUAAUUGUAAGUUGUAAAUUGACAAUAAUACGUUGAGUCCUUAAUGGGCUCACUCAGAUAUGGAGAUGUGCCAUUUGAGUGUGUGAUUUGUUUGUAAAUGUGCAGCAGUAUACUUAUUCUUAUGCUUGAUAUAUUUGCUGUUGAUUUGUGCUCAAUAGUAUCACUGUAUUGAAGUCCAGUUUCAGCUGACAUCUUUGGUGCCUCAAGAGUUGUUGUUUUUUUUUCCAUAAACUGUGUUGUGUUUGAUUUCAUAACAACUCUUCUCUAACUUUUUUUAAAUCUUGUAACUACAGCUCAGGACAAAGAGAGAAAAUGCUACAGAAAUUUAGUGUGCAUCAGAGUCAAAAUGAGGCCCUGCUUGUUUCUGUUGUUAGAUUAUCGUCAUGGUCUAUAUAUAUAUUUGUAAACAAUAAAAAAAACUUUUGUUUAUCCGACAGGAAUUUAAACAAACAUCA